AUGAAUACUUCAAUUGAAAUAACUACUGAAUCAUGGUUUAUUCCAAUAGAUAUUGUAAUGAUUAUUUGUACUGGUUCCGUUGCUCUAUUUGCAUUGAUAUUUUUACUAAUUCUUAUUUUUGAUAAAACAUGUCGAACAGUAUCAAUGAUACUUCUUUGUAAUUCAUUUUUAUCUGAAAUAAUAUUUGCAUGUGUUAUGUUAAGUAUGGUUAUAUUUACACUUCAAAAUGAUAUUAAACAAAUUUCAUAUCAAGAUUCACAUUGUAUUUUUCGUGGUUAUAUGAGCUAUGCUGUAUCUGCAGUACGUAGUCAUUCUUAUCUAUUACAAAGUAUUUAUCGUUAUAUAAAAGUUGUUUAUCCUUCUGAAAGAUUUUUUCAAUCAGCACAUUUUCAAAUUUUAUUAAUUUGUUUAACAUGGAUUAUUUCUAUAAUUCAUCCAUUUCCAUUUUUAUUUACUAAUCAAAUAACAUAUAAUAAUCAUAAUCAAGUAUGUCAUAUGGCUCUUCAUCUAUAUCCAUUUAUAUUUUAUACAUGUUUUUUGGCUUAUUUAAAUCCUAUAACAAUGAUAAUAAUUAUUUAUUUUAAAUUAGUUCGAUAUAUUCAAGAAAUGAGUAAAGUUGUUACACCAGUUAAUCAAUUAUUACGUGCACAACGAGAAUUAAAAAUGGUACGUCGAAUUGUUUUACUUGUUAUUGUUCUUAUAACACUUGGUUUACCUUACACAAUAUUUUUUUUUAUGUCAUUUUUUACUAAUCCACCACAAUAUCAUUUUCGUAUUGCUUUUUUAUUUGUUGAUGUAUCAUUAGUAUUUGUCAUCAUAGCUUUAUUUGAAUUUACAGAUCCAAUUAAAAUAUUCAGUUCACCUCUCACUCUUCACUUUUCACAACACAAAUUUUCUAUUAAACCCAACAGUUCUCAUCAGAACUUUACAUCAAAAAUGACAGAAAAUACAUCAGCACCAGUUUCAUCAGUUCAAAAUGUUGCAAAUGCAAAUGCAUCACCAAAAAAAGCAGCAGCUAAAAAACCAUCAAAAGGAAAAUCAACACAUGGUUCAUCUCAUCCAAAAUAUUCGGAUAUGAUUAAAUCAGCAUUAAAAGCUUUAAAUGAUCGUGGUGGAAGUUCACGUGCUGCUAUUCUUAAAUUUGUUUUGGCUAAUUAUUCACUUGAUCCAGUUCAAGCUAAUCAACAUCUUAAAUUAGCUCUUAAAAAUGGUGUUAAAGCAAAAACUUUUAAACAAACCAAAGGUAAUGGUGCAAGUGGUUCAUUUAAAUUAGCAACCAAUGGCGAUGGACCAGCCAAAAAGAAAUCAGCUAAACCAAAAAAAGCUGCAUCAUCAUCAACAGCAGCAGCUGGAACAAAAAAACGAGCUCGUUCAAAAUCUGCUGGAGCAAAACCAGCUAAAAAGGUCGCUACUGCAGCUAAUACAAAUGCUGCUGCUGCAACAACAGCAACAGCUACUGGUGGUGCUACUGCAACAACAGCUGCUAAACCAAAAAAAGCUAAAGCUACUAAAUCACGAUCAAGUGCAACACCAAAAUCAGCUGGUGUUAAAAAAGCUUCAAAACCAAAACAAGCUAAAGCUAAACCAACAACUGCAGCUAAACCAGCUGGUGCAAAAAAAACUGCAACAAAAAAAGUCGCAAAACCAAAAGUUAAAAAAGCAACUACACCAAAAAAACCAAAAUCAACUGCAACAAAAAAACCAGCUGCUGCUAAAAAGGCUUCAAAACCAAAAGCAGCUGCCAAAAAAGCUGCAUCACCAAAAAAAGUAGCCAAAUAA